AUGUCGAAUUCGAAGAAGCGCGCCGCGGAGCCUGCGCCCGAGGCCAAAAAGAAGAAGAAAAAGGCCAAGCUUUCAAAAGACGAUGAGGCUCUGGACAUGGAACUUGGCCUGAACACACUGUUCAAUCGCCUGGACAACCAAUUGCUCGCAGAUCACCUGGCACAGAAACUUGGCCGAUUCGGAAGCGACCUCAGCUCGGUUGAGGUUUCGGAUCUGACCGUAUCUGCCAACUCAAUACAAGAUACCACCUCAUGGGAGGAAAAUAGAACGCUCGAUAAUCUGCCUGGCUUCCUUGAAAAGUUCUCAGAGGGCGAAGAGUCUCUCAAGAAAGUCCCAAGGAAGAAGGGCUCACCUCACACUCUCAUCGUCGCUGGUGCCGGACUAAGGGCGGCCGACAUGGUCAGAGCUGUACGAAAGUUUUCGAGCAAGGACAACACCGUGGCAAAGCUGUUCGCCAAGCACAUGAAAGUGGACGACCAGGUGACGUUUCUCAAAAAUAGAAAGACGGGAAUUGGUGUCGGUACGCCCGCCCGUCUGAUAGAGUUGAUCGACAAUGGCGCUUUGUCAUUGGAUAAUCUGCAAAGGCUUGUUGUAGAUGCCUCGCAUGUCGACCAGAAGAAGAGAGGCAUUAUGGACAUGAAGGAUACCAUGAUGCCACUUGCCAGAUUUUUGACUCGUCCAGAAUUCAAAGAGCGUUAUAGAGCCGAGAAGAAGCCCUUGGCGUUGCUCUUCUACUAG